GGGGCGCGCCCGCAGCACACUCGCACUCGCUCCUCCCUCCUUCAUUCACAAGACCUGAGCACGCGUCCCCGCACAGCCGAGUCUCGCCCGGCCCCCGCGCGCCGGGGCGGAGGGCGCGCAGAGGGGCUUUGCAGACGCCCUCCGCGCUCGCGGGGCGACGCGCCCACACUCCGGAUUCUGCCUGAUCCCGGGCUCGGAGGAGGGGCUACAGUCCCGCCGCGGACUGCGUCCGGCCUGGAGCCCGGGGCGACCCCCGGCCCCCGCCGCAGUGGAGCGCGCCGCCGCAAGAGGGAGGCGAGACCCGGAUAGCCCGGCCCGCGAGCGGAGGUGGGGGGGCGGCCGAGCAGAGGGAGCGUGAGCGAGGGAGAGACGGCGGGAGGAAAGACCGAGCCGGAGGAAGAGAAAAACCGGGAAGGGCGACCGCGGACGUAGUAGAGCCACCAGUUGGUAUUGUAAUAAAAAAUAAGGCACCCGCGGGACGCAUGCGCACGGCCGACGGAGGCGAGCGGGCCGGAGCUUCCCCUCGGGCUCGCCCGGCGGACGGUGGAACCCCCAUGGGAUCCGAGCGGAUGGAGAUGCGGAAGCGGCAGACGCCCGCGGCCCAGGACACCGCCGGCCCGACGCCAGGCCAGCCCGCGCCCGGGACCCGCGGCUCCAACGCCUGCUGCUUCUGCUGGUGCUGCUGCUGCAGCUGCUCCUGUCUCACUGUUAGAAACCAAGAAGAACAGAGACCCAGGAGGGCCUCCCAUGAACUCGUACGAGAAGACCUUCCAACCUGUGAAGAAAGCCCCAGCCCCACUCUGGAAGAAGUGAACGCGUGGGCACAGUCAUUUGACAAGGUGGUGCUCACUCCGGCGGGGAGGAACGCCUUCCGGGAAUUCCUCCGAACGGAGUUCAGUGAGGAAAAUAUGCUCUUCUGGAUGGCGUGUGAGGAACUGAAGAAAGAAGCUAACAAGACCAUUAUUGAAGAGAAGGCCAGGAUCAUCUAUGAAGACUACAUUUCUAUUCUUUCUCCUAAAGAGGUCAGCUUGGACUCCCGAGUAAGAGAGGUCAUCAACAGGAACAUGGUGGAACCCUCUCAACACAUAUUUGAUGAUGCGCAACUCCAGAUCUACACCUUAAUGCACAGAGACUCAUACCCCAGAUUCAUGAACUCUGCCCUCUAUAAAGAUCUGCUUCAGUCCUUAUCUGAGAAAUCAGCUGAAGCCUAGGAUGUUCUCAAAUAUAUUUAUUAUUAAUAAAAUAAUAAAAGAACUCAUGGACUAUGUCUAGUACAGGGAACUUAGAGAUAGUAGCAUCUCCUGCUAGAGUAAUACUCGGGCUAUUUUAAUAACAGAUGCUUCCUUCCCCGGGAGGCUGUAUAUUCACAACGUAAAUCACAGCCACCUUUUGGAGAACAAUGGGGUCGGCUGUCUUAGAUAAAGAUAGUAUGUUUACAUUUACAGUAACUAGCAUGUCGCGAAUGGCAAAGAACACACUGGAAGACUAUACUGCCUGGGGCGUGUACGCCCACAGGAGCAAACAGGACUGCUUUUGUUUUGCAUGAGUCCAGUAUCUGAAGACUCUCCUCCCAAAGAAAAGGCAUUCAAGUGUUUCUUAGCUACUCCUGCCUUCCAUCAAGCUGUUCUAUUUUGCCUCUCAGCGCCAUUACUGGACCCAAAUCCCUGUUUUAUAAAGAUGCGUCACCACUACUUAUAAAACGGUAUUCCACGCUCAGAAUACGUGUAUGCGGGUACAUAUAGGUGCGUGUGUAUCUAUACUAGUUAAUGUAAAGUACUGCGCUCGUAAGCGGAUCGGUCUCCUGUGUGGUAAGGAAAGCAGUGUUGAGACAGUUUUGUUGAAAAGUCACCAUUGUUUUAUUAUCAGAAUCUGCCAGCCUAAAGAAUGAAUUUUUAAUCCACAGCGUAGUCGUGUUCAUAACAAAACUUUCAAAUAAGCGUAUUUCCGUUUUUUAUUAUUCAGAGAAAUAUGGGCAUUUUCACUCUAAAAAAAUAAAGCACAAGAGUUUUAUCUCCA